GGAUAUCAUGUGACCCUGGCCCUAUGGCGAUAGGUGUCACGUGGAUGAGGGGUUUCGAAGGACCUUCCUGAUAAGGUAAGUGUCAAAAGGCCCGUGUUGCAGAUUCACGUGCCUUGAGAGUGACCUCAACUCCCUUCCAUUUCCUCUUGAUUUUCAGGACUAGAUCUUAUCUGAUUGUGCACGAUCAAUUGUGGCUCUCUGAAUCGGCGGUAUCGGGGCAGGAAGCACGUCAAGACCAGAAGGAAGGGAUCCUCAUCGGUUUCACGAUCGCCGAGACGAACCAGAAGCUCCACCACACGCCGAAGACGGAGCUGGAGGUCUGGAAGCUUCACAACCGCAUCAUCCCACGGAGGAUUGUCGAUCUAUACACUUCUCAUAUUUGCAUAAAGCUAUGGAAGAGCCUGGGUCCUGAUCGGAGCUAUACGCUUGUUUGUAUUUUCUUUUUUCUCUUUUGUACCUCCCGGCAAGAUGGUGGUAUUUGUUGACUACGACAAUGACACCGUGGGUAAACAGACGGUGCUUAAAAGCCCGGAUGCCUUCCAACAACCCUACGUCGACUCUGGGAAGCUUGGUAUCUCGAGGUUGAGCGUCGGCUUUGAACUGCCGUCCAGCGAGAACCCGUCUGCUGAAGCUCCCCGAGGGGCCCUAAGCUCCUCUGAGAAUGAGCUGCAAAACUCCACUAUUCGGAAUGCGUUCUCAGUAGCUCUGGGCUGCUAUCCGAUUGCCAAGGAGAUCGCUCGGUCGGUCGACCUCAGCACGUUGUAUGCCCUAUCGGGGACAUGUCGCCAGUUUUAUGCGAACCUGAGCCCUUACCGGCACCAGCUCGCCAAGCAGACCUUACGUUGUGAGAAUGAGUAUAUUGAGACUCUCUCAGACAUGCUGCAAAGCGGCGCCGCCAUUCCGGACAGCGUCAAAUCCGUAAUCCGGCUGCUGAGCAGGGGUGCGGUCGGUUCCGGACAACUGACGAGCGGCAAAAUCGCGAAAUGUGCUCGAGACAUGGUUGCCGAAUGCCGUGGUUGUUCGAAAGUUGUCUGUCGGAACUGCACGGCCAAACCCCCGAAUAGUGCGACUUUGAAGAACCGAAUUCGCCGACUAUGCACGACUUGUCGUAAAGCAUCGCUGAAUAAGCUCGUUACCUCGUCCCUUCAUGCCCCUCUACCUUCGACGACGGCGGAUACCACGGACAAGACAUCUACUGUGCUAUUGCGGGAUACUUGUACUUGCCAAGAUGUAUUAUGGCUCUGCAACCAGUGUGGUCAAAAGCUGCGCAGGAAUGAUACUACGUACCGUCGGGUUUGGACAUGGCGCUCACGAUACAGCACAUACCUGGAUGGACUGGGAACAGGAAUUGGCGAAGGCUGCCAGGGCGUCAAAUGCGGGCGUGGGGACAGCUGCCUUGCCGGCCAGGAAAUCGAGCUGGAAGUAGAGUGCGAGGCGGAUGAGUCAAUGUCGCACAGCCCGCCUGAAUAUGGUUAUCAUUUCGGACAUCGAUUUGAACAGGCGCACCAUGGCCCUCAUGAUCAUCCGCACGAGAGGUGGGAAGACCCCGAGGAAAGAGAACCUGGAUAUCUAAGACAGGAGAUCAUCGGAAUAGGGGGAAGAGUGAAGCAGAGGGCAAAGAAGAGAGUCAUGGUAGGUGCUUGUGUUGUCGAGCACGAGGACGAGCGGGAAACUGGUGACUACCUUACCCGCGAGGAGGAGGGAACGCAUCGAAGUUGGUGUGGUUGGUGUUGGAGAGUUAUUCCCGCGAAACAUGAGGCUUCUGCAGUUCAGAACAUGUAGUCGCGACUGACCAUAGUUAGCUUCGCAUAAUUAGAAUGGAAAGUUCAUUACUGCCAUAACAUGGAUAUUUGAAGCAUCCGUUGGUUGGUAAUGUAUUGCAUUCAGUAACUAUAAGUGCGUUUUGUGACUGGAUAGCAAAACUCCCUGUCAAACAUCCUUCAUAUACGGAUAUCAAAAAAGAAACACGCUCGC